AUGCAAAAUCCACUACCAUUCUAUCCCGAAUAUAAUUCUUAUUCAACUGGAGAUGGUUUUCUUCCGAAUAUUCAAGAUACAUCGAUUGAAAACGAUAUUUUAGGUGUACGUUCGUCGACUUCAAUGAAUAUGACUCAAAUGCCCGUAAUGAGUCAAGCAAUGUCGUCAUCAGGUCUAGUUCCGUCAAGAAAACGAAAAGUUACAACUGAUACUGAUGCAAGUUAUUCACCAGCAUCAGUUUACAGUGACAACAGUAAUAUAUCCGAUACAUCAUAUCCAACAUUUUCUCGUCAAUCAAUGGAUUUUCCACGAGGUAUGCAAUCUGUUCGUAAUGGUACAAUAGCAACAACAUCAAAUUUAACAACAUCAGCCGAAGAAGGAAGUUCAGAUGAUAAUGAAGAUGAAGAAGAAAGUGAUCUUGCACGUAAACGUGAAAAACAUACACAAGUUGAAGCACAACGACGUGCAUUAGAAAAAGCACAUUUUCGAGAAUUAUCAACAUUAAUUGGUGGUCGUAAUGAUUCGAAAUCAUCCAAACUUCAUCAUCUUGAUUUACUUCGAAUAGCUGCUGAUUUAAUAACAAAAAUGAAUGAACGACAUAAACAUGAUCCAUUACGUCCAUCAAAUUUAACUGAUAAUGAAUUAAAUUUUUUAACAAUUGAAGCAAGUAAUUCAUUUUUAUUUGUAACAACUAUUGAAUCAUCAGCAUUUUGUAUUAUUCGUGUUACUGAUUCAAUACAUCGUGUACUUAAUAUAACACCUGAUCAAUGGCUUGGACAAAAUUUUCUUGCAUUUUUACAUCCUGAAGAUAAAUUACAUGUUCAAAGUCAACUUAUGUCAUUAAAUCAACGUGUUGGAGCUAAAAUUCAUUUUGAUUGUCGAUUACAACAAGGUAAUAGUGAUUCAUAUUCAUCUGUUAGUAUUGAUGGUAUUACAAAAAUGCUUGAUCGUUCAUUAACACCUUUACAAACAAAUACACCUGGUAUUCUUGCAUUUAUUGGUAUAUGUCAUUUACCAUUAAUAACAAAAUAUAGUGAAACAAAUAUGUGUAUUUAUAAAAAUCCACAAUCAUUAACAUUUCGUUGUCGAAUUUCACCACAUGAUUGGAAAAUUUUUCUUGUUGAUCGUUCAGUAUCAACAUUACCAUCAAUAUCAUAUGAUAUAUUUCGUCAAAAAUCUGUAUUACAAUUUAUACCUAAUCAUGAACAAGCACAUGUUCAUCAAACAUUAUUACGUUCAACAACAGCAUCAACAAGUGAAACAAUAUCAUGUCAUUUUAUACAUCCAGCUUUAGAACAAUCAAUACCAAUGUCACUUGAAAUCAAAUCAUUUUUUAAUCCAGUUAUUCAUCGAGCUGAUUUUAUUGAAUUAACAUUUAAAAAUUUAAAUACAAAAUUAGAUACAUCAAUUUAUGAUCUUAAAGAUGGUGAAAAAGAAAUUGAUAAUUUACUUUUUGGAUCAGAAUCAUCAACAUCAAUAUCACAAUUAAUGGAACAACAAAUACCGAAUAACCCUCAAAUACAAAAUUCUCAAUAUUUUUAUCCAAAUGAAUGGAUAACAAAAAAUGAAUUAAUUUAA